AUGGAAAAGAAACUUCAUGCAAAAGACAAAAGCCUUCAGAAAAGAAUACCACGUUCGGUACCAAAAGGAAAGGAAAAGAACUAUAAGUAUAUGAUUUAUACUGAAGAGAUGGAAAAUGAAGAAGACAGAGAUAUGGUUAUGUUGCAUUUAGUCAGAAGAAACAACAAAAGCUUUUACGACCUUGCUAAGAUUUACAAAUCUGACAGAAAUUGGUUCUAUCGCGAAAACUUACCGAUUUCAAUGACACCAAAUGAAGAUGUGAAACAAAUAGUUCAAGAUACUUUACCUCAAACACACUAUGAUAUUAAAGGUUGUACAAUUCUUACCUUCAAAGAAGAUUUGCCAUUGUUAAAGGAAAAAAUAACAGAGUAUUUUGACAACUUCAAACAAGUAGAGUAA